AGUUGGUAGAGGAGGUUGUUAUUAGGUUUGAUGGUGGUGGGUCAUCUGCUUUGAGAGAAGUUAUCCGGUCCGAUCCGAGCCUGUGAGACUCCAAUCCUACUGCCAGGUUUGGCUCUUGAUUUGAGGGUGCUUGAGCAUCUUCUCAGAGUGCUUUCCUCCUCCUCCAAUUGGUUCUAGCAAGCAUCAUGAGGUUUCAAGUUGGUUUUACCAUACUGUCUGAUGCCUCCCAAAAAGAAGUGUACCCGGAAGACUAGAAAGGCAGAGCUGGUAUUCCUUGAGAGGCCAUGGGAAGGACCCAUCCAUUGUGCUGAAACUCCACUGUACGUGGCUGAAAAUCCAAUCUGUGUUUCUACAAAACCUGUAGACCAGAACACCUCUGCUGCCUGGGUGUGUCCACAAUUUGAAACAGCUAAGUCAUUGGUUUUGAGAGCGUGUCAGAAGAAGCAACAUGGUUCUCACAAGGCUCAAAAUCAGGAUGUCAGCUAUGACUUGCUUCAUGCAGAGAGAGCUUGUCGAAGAGCUGUGGCCUACAAAUUUCCUCCGUUAAUUUUUGAGAAUUCAGAAGUACGUGCAGUCCACUCCACAGAUGUGCUAAGUCACACAGGAAAGAACACACAGCAUUCUCACAGACAGUGCAAGGGGAUAGGAUCAAAAGCCAACUUCCAGGUGAAUGGUUCUGAGAACUGUAGUGAAACAUCAUCAUUACCUGUUUCUCUGCCUGUAGAGCCGGAAGUCCUCAGUCCACCAGAUAUGGGGAUGCCACAGUGGCCUUCUUUAGGGAACUGGACAUGCAGCAGUGCUCUGUCACAAAUCAGUAGUCAUGCUGAGUUGGUGUCCAGCAUCAGCCACUGUGGGAGAGGGCAAAUGGCAGCAACACUGGUUAUGGAUACUCCUGAGCGUGAGUAUGGAAUAAAGGUCACCUGGAGGCAUCGGCCUCAUAUCCUUAAGUACCUGAGAGACAGAGGGAAGCUGAGUACCGCUGACAUAACUGUGAAGGCUGACCUUGAACUCUAGAAGUCAGGAUGACUUUUGAUUUGGCAAAACAGUAAUUUUAUGCACAAGGACAUGCUUAAAUACAAAAUGCUCUCUUCAAGGAUAAAGAGGGGCUAUAGCU